UUGGAUGUGUUUGAGUAUAGUUAUUGUAUGCGCAUGAGAGGGGACGUGGGAAGCAAGAAUGUGAAUAAACGCGCUAACGUAUUUUGGGUAUUGUAAGAAUUGGUUUGUAAGAUUGAAAAGGGCGUUAGAAUAGCAACUGUAACAAAGCUGUAAACACCGAGUUGCCUUAACCGCAUCAUAUUGGAGUCAAAUGAUAUUUUUGCUGAUAGAAUGGUGUAUUUUACAGGAAACUCUUAAAGUGCAUAGAUGUGAUGUGAUAUGAUACUAUUAUCUCGUUAUUAUACAUUUUAUUAUUCUCGUAAAGUAUUUAUUCAUUGUUAACUGUGUACAUAAGAUGUCAUAUACAGGAGAUAUCGAACCAACAGCUGCCCGUUUCGAGCAUACAAUAUAUGUGAUCUUAAAACUACUAACUAUACUAGCUUAGUGACUAACUUAUUAUUAUCAAACUGGUAAUUCCAGAUAAAACUCAUUUAGGUUGUAAAAUACAUUUUCAAUCAACCCGUUUUUUAACUUAAAUUUAAAACGAUUCCCCUCUAAUAUUUUUACUUCAAUUGGCAGGGCGUUAAAAACACGUAUUGCAGUAUUGAAUGUACUUCUGUAAAAUAUUGAGUUAUUUGAUUUUGGACAUACAAGAUUAAAUUUGUACUAAUCUCUGAUAUUAUCUCUCUGCGAGGUUUUUUCCUAAAAUAGGCGUCAUUAUUUUUUAUAAAGAGGCAAAGUUCUAGAAUGUAUAUUCCAGUAAGAGUAAGAAACCGCUUUUCUCUAAACACAUUACGUAAGGAUUGUUCAGUAUGCAUGCGGUAUAUUGUACGCAAACAUGUUUUUGAAGGAUAAAUGUACUGUGAAUGUCUACCGAGUUCCCCCAGAAAAUAACACCGUAUGUUAGCAGCGGAAACACAUUUCCAUAAUAUGACUUUUUGGCAACAUCCUCAGAGCAAGUUCCGAGCGUUGUUAACUUUUUAUUGAAUUAUGUAAUUAAUAUUUGAAUUUUAAUAUAAUAUUUAAUCCUACCUAUGUGUAAAGUUUAAAUAAAUAAAAUAAACACGCGAUUUGCCGCUACGGUUGCUAACCGUAAGUGAGUACAGCCCUUAUAUAAAGAUGAGAAUCUUUAUUUUUAGCACUGGUACAAAUCAGCUGGCAACUGUCACUUGAAAAAAAUAUAACCAAAUUAAAAAGUCGUGGUGGUCUAUUUUCAACACGGCUCCAUACUUGCAACACUAGCGCUAAAAGUCAAAUCCUUCGAGUCCUUUCAACUUGGAAGUAUAGUAUAGUAUAUGUGAUUUGAGGAAUAAUCGGAAACCGACGUGUUUCUCACCUUGUAAAUGAAUUCAUUUACAUACAUAGCAAAUUAAUGCAAAAUGUUUUUACAACUUUAGUUAUAAGCGAAGUUUCGACUCCUACGAGUGUGUUCUGCGCGUGAAUAUAUAUAGUAAAAUCGGUUUCCAUGUUUUGGGAUCAUGUUUACCGUAACAGGCAUAUCAUGCAGGAGUUCGAGGACCUAGAAGUGCACAAAACCAGUGUCUCUGUAUUUGUAGCGUUGUUUUACUUAGAAAUGCUGUAUAUUCUGAUUAUGACGCUGUCAAUAUUGAACAGACUGAAUCAGAAUAUGCCGUCGUAAAUCGCCGAAGAUUUCUCGGUAUACCUCAACAAUAAUUAAUUGACAAUGACUGACAUUAAGAUAAAGGAGCGGCUGUACCUCUCAAAGCCGGACAACAUCUAUGUGGACCAUCACCAGCUAAUGCAGCAUCAGGUUGAUGCUCUCCGGCUGCUCUAUGCCCAAUAUAAAAAGAAAAUGGGUGGUUUGAUUCUCAACGAUCCCAGUGGUUACGGGAAGACAGUGGUGGCAGUGCUGUUUCUGCAGGCGCUGCGGCAGGUACUGCCGUCGCCCGCAUUGGUGCUAUGCCGUGCGACAGAGCUACAACACUGGCGACACCACUUCCACACCUGGGCCACCACGGAAGACGUAAUCUUCGAGUCCUCUAACCCCUACGUGAAGAAGUCCAUCUUCGUGAACACUCGGCAGCAGCUGCCGUCGCUCUGCCGCCGCACCUGGUCCGUCGUCGUGGUCGACGAUGAUCUGCCGAGGGAACUGCAGGCCGACUUCAAGAUAUAUCUCACUAAUGAAGAUAUGAAGGAAAAUUUGAACACGUUUGCUUCAAUACACCGAUGGAUGUUCCCCAAAGAACCCGAGUUCGACAUCAAGCAAGUCACAGGACAUAAAAAUAGUCCCGCGGAUUUCGACAAAAAAGCUUAUUUACUCGAGUUUUUGUUUGAAGGAAUUGUAUUUAGAAGCAAGAAUUUCACGCCGUUUAAGAAACCAGAGACACAAGCACCUCCCGUACCGAUAGUAUUUGAGCCACCGCGGAUAUCACGGAAAAACAAAGACGCAACUGGAACGAAAAUAAAGCGGUCCAAAGCCAGAAUAGAGGCAGAGUCCAACCAGGCGGCCAAAAUCCCGAGAACCGAACCUACAGAGAGGAACUCCACUAUCACAUCUAAGGACUACUACAAAGAUAAAGAAAUGGACGUCGAAAGCUUUAUAAAAAACGAAAAGCCGAUAACAGGAGAAGGUGUUGAAGAAUUCAUGGAUUUCCAAGCAAUGAUAAAAUCCGAUACAGAGAAUUUUAAAGAAAUAGUUAGGAAUGAAAGAUUGAAUGGUGAUAAGGUUAUUCUUACAGAGGAGAAUACAGACGUGUGCACCGCUGACUACCAGGAUGCGAUAAAUGAUAUAGUUAAUAAUGAAAAUGAUAAAAGUAAUGAAGAAACUUAUGGGAAUAUUGAUGUUAGGGUUACGGAAAGUGAUUCGGAUACAGGAAAGGCUAAUAAUAGUGUAAAUGUGAGUACAGAGAAUGAUGCAGAAGUUAUAAGUGUAAGUAAUAAUAAGAUAGAAGUACCCAAUUUAGAAGAAAAUAAGGAUGCGACAAUACAAUUAGUUAAUAAUGAAUCGAAGAAAGAUCUUGAAACUAAACUAACUGAAUUGGAAGAGAAGACUUUAAAUAAGUUUAAGGGGUCGCUUUUAGAUAGCAUAUUCUGAAUAAGUAUGUUUAACCGAUAGAUGUCAGAUGUUUGCAUUUUAAAAAGUAAGAGAAUAUGAACUGAUUGUUUAUAUAGGUGCAUUAUUGAGCACGGUGAAUUUCUGUUGGUUAAAAGUUAGUCAACUGAAACAUCUAUACUAAUUAGAACAUGUAUGUAUUGUACUAUACAAAAGACAAAAUCAUGGAAUUUCUGUGUAACUAAUAAUUAGUCAACAUUUUUUAUGAAACCAUUUGUAGUCUGACUUUAGUACACGCGAGACUAACUAUGAAUUGGGAAUUAUUUUAAAACUUACUAUCAACUACGUGAACUACGAUAACUACGUGUAGAAUCUGAGACGGGACUAGAAAUACAGAUAUAGAAAUCAAGUGAUGAUUAACCCUUUUCCAGGCAUAGUACUAUUUAUCGACCACAUACGCGCCAUUAUAAUUUCAACUUUAGUAUUCCGAUUUAAGGUUCAAAUUAGAUUACACUUUCAGGAAAUGUUACUUGUCUUCAAAUGAAUCAUCAAAGCUGGAUUAAUUGGUAUAUAUUUGGCUUUUUUGGGAAAACCUUUUAGAUUGGUGUGGCCUGGAAAAGGGUUAAGAACUUGAAGUCGAGGCAAACUAUAGUGUUUAUGGAAGAUAUAGACUCAGACUCAACUCUACCCAGCGCUUUAAUGUCAUCGUUGGUAAUACGUUUCGUGUCAAGUUUUUCUAAGUCUAAAAUCUUUCGGUGUGGUAAGCAGACAAGCCUAAUAGGGCUGGCGUAGACUACAACAAAUAUUAUUAUUAAAGAUAAAAAAGUCAAGUGAGGAUUUCUCAUUACGUCUCCUGCACACCUAUAUAGAUGUUGCAGUUAUCAGACUUGUCAAAGUUUUGAAAAAGUGCAUUUUUUUAAGCUUUGCGUAAAACGCUUUAGUGUCUGGUUGGCCAAAUGCGGCAGUUACAGGAUAUCAGAGGGCCUACCGCGAACCACGUUCGACGUGUUGCCUCCCUGUCACACGUACGAAUUUACGAGUGCGACAGAGAGGCAACACGUCGAACGUGGUUCCCGGUAGGCCCUCUGCCAGUCUCACUAUUUAUGCUAACGUUCUAAAGGUUAGAAUGCGAUGAAUUGAUUUACAUUGAUUGACAUUUGGCUUGCCAGAGUAGUGGAUUCUCUAUCGCUCUUGCAUAUUCUAUCCAUAGAGGCAAAUGGACGAAUGAACGAAGUGUUUCGGUCAUUCCCAAGUCAAAGUCAAGUGUUUGGUUAGUGUUGUUUGAACCUAGCUGUCUUGAAAUAUGUUAAAAUAUUUUUAUUUUGUAUUUUUAUAGUAGUCUUAAUGUAUAUUUACUAGAAGAAAAGUGUUAUUUAUUACAAAAAUGAAUUUCGUUCAAACUUUUUGUAUAAACAUAACUACAGUUCGUUUUUACCGUCUAUUAGGUAUUUCAAAAUAAAUAAAAUCAGAAUUUAAUCAUA